AGGUCAUAAAGCAGGUUUUCUGUGGUAAACAGGAGGCCCAGGACAGUAUAAAUACCACUGUAGGCAGACUGUAAAAGGCAGUUUGUAAAGAGAAGGAAACAGAUUAGUCAGCUAAAGUCUAGCAAACUAAGAUUUAAUGAUGGAAAUAGGAGUUGACGCUCUCCAUGACUCUGGGCUUCAGAUGGUCCAAUAUCUCCAGAUGAACUACAAGAGUUCUCAAGACUGGUUCGUGUUUGUCUCAUUUGCAGCUGAUCUCAGAAACACAUUCUUCAUCUUCUUCCCUAUUUGGUUUCACCUUUGUGAGUCAGUGGGCAUCAAACUAAUCUGGGUUGCUGUGAUUGGGGACUGGUUGAAUCUUGUCUUUAAAUGGUAAGUUUAUUUCCAUAUGUCAUAUCACAAAAUAUCUAGAAAUGAAUAAAACAUGCUAUUUUAAUUGUGUGAUGUGAAUGCACUUGUUUGAAAAUGAGGUUUGUUUCAGAUGCAUUUUAAUUCUUUAGUUUCUUGUUAAUUGUUUUACCCAAAAUAUGUUUCAUAUGUAUAUUUUAAUCGCAAAACAGUAAACGGUGGUGAGGAAAUAACUAGCAUGAAAAAUGCAUGGUUAUUUACUAAACUUAAUUGUCAGGAAUUCAUAGUGACUUCAAAGUAUAUUUUCCCAUUUAAAGCCAAAACUGCCAUACUGAAAAAAAAAUCAGCUUUGGUUCAAGAUUGUCUACUUUGGGUUUACAGUUUAAAUUUCAUUGUGAAUUCAUGACAGUCUUAAGUUUAGAAAAUAACCCUGUUAGACCAGUAGUUAUUUAUCACAAUAAAUUCAGUGGUUUUGUUUAUUCCACUCCUAGGGUUAUUAUACAUUGAAAAACAAAACUAAUUUUAAUUCAGAAAUGGUUAAAGUUGAAUGGCGACAUCUCAAUAAUUAUAGUGAAAUAAUUUACUUGCCAACUAGAGCUUAAACAUAUUUUGAAUUGUACGUUAUAUGUUACCUUUCAUUAAUUUAACCAGAGUUAUGGUAUUUUACAUCUAAUUUUUCUUCAAUUUCUGUUGCUAAACUAUUUUACCGUAACACUUUUUUGAUGAUAAUCUUUGUUACUAUUAUUCUGUGUAUACAUGCUUAGUUCUACUCAUAUCAUAACUAACUGUAUACAUGCUUAGUUCUACUCAUAUCAUAACUAACUUAGAGAAGAGUACUAAUGACUGCAAACAAGAUACAUUUCCACUUCAACUGGUCAAGCAUGAUUACAGGGUUAUUCACUAAAGUGAGAAUUACCAGAAAUUUAAAAUUAAUUCAAAGUGAAUUUCAAGGUUUUGUCCAAAAUAGUCGAUUUGGAAAUAUUCUCUAAGUCAGUUCUGUGUUCAGUUUGGCUACAUUUUAAAUUCACUUUGUAUCCCUGACUAUUCUCACUUUCGUGAAUAACCCUGUUAUUUAUACUCUAAAUAAGAACAAUACAUCCACAAGUAUUUUCACAAUUAGUUUUUUUUUUCAAUAGAUUUUCCUAUGCUACUUACUAGUUUUUUUGCUGAAGUUGUUUCCUGAUGUCUCUAAACUAGAAUGACAUGUUAGCAAUUGUGAAAAAUGCAUAAAUCAGGGCUGCAUUAGGUAAAAUAUGCUGUUGCAUAUGGAAACAGAACACUGCAUUACAAAACAACUGUAAGGUAUGUUGUACCUUAUAGUUGUCUUAUCUUGUGUACUCAUAUUGUGAAAAUUAAUAGCUGAACAAAAAAAAUAACAGUUUCUUUUCUAUUCCUACUGUUGUGGCAUACAAUGUGCAGUUUAGAAAAUAAUCCUGCAAGUUUUUAGAAAAACUGUGAUGCACAUUAAGAGAAACCAUACUAUCUACGACUGACAGUUUGUUCUUUUUUCAUUUUUUUUUUGUACAGGAUACUGUUUGGACAGAGGCCAUAUUGGUGGGUUCAUGACACAGAUUAUUAUGGAAAUACUACCAUUCCUGUAAUUAAACAGUUUCCCGUCACCUGUGAGACUGGACCAGGUAUGAAACAUUUCAUCACGUAGUAGAUAAUAAAAAUAAAUGAAAGAGAUUGUCAACUCAUACAUUUCCAUAUAACUAAUUUAUCUUGUUAUGAUCUUCCAGGAAGUCCUUCAGGUCAUGCCAUGGGUUCUGCUGGUAUUUACUAUGUCAUGGUGACAGCAAUUCUUACAAUUAUGCUGAAGAAAAAGGAAUCUGCCCUUACAAGCUGGUAAGUAGAUGAUAAAAUAGCAUUACUGUUAACUUAUAUAAAGUUAGACUUCUGGCACAUAUAUUCACAACAUCAUAUGUGGCAUCAUAUAAAAAAACAAGCCUAAUAACACUUUUAAAUUUCUCUGAUACAUCCUCUUGUUUAGUAAGGGAAGUUAAACUAAAUGCAUGAUUUAUUCUAUUAACCAGUCUAUCAAUCAUUCAGAUAUGUAUUUUCACAUUUUAAGGUUUCAAAAUAAUAAAAAAAUAAUAUAUAUAUAUAUAUACACAUGUAAAUAUAAAUAUAAAGACUGAGCUUGUAGAUGGAACCUGAAGUUGUAUAAAUACAUUGGCUGCCCCUUAUCCUGGGUCAAUACUGCCUGGUUCAGCCCACCCACCGCUCCCUUUUAACAAGCCAUUCAAUUCUUGUGGACCCUCUUUUUACAGGCCUAAUUGAGCGUCGGUUUUGGCUCACACCACCACGACUAUAACUUGGCUCAUUGUCCCUGACCACAAAUAAAUAUAUAUAUAUAUACUGCAAGGAAUUCUGGGUGGGCAUAUGCAAAUUAGUUCAACAAAGACUCACAUUUUUGCCUUAUUGUUCCAUUUUAUCCCUUGCAGUAGUAAUAUCACUGCAAAUGUGAGAUAUCUGUGGGAAGAGUGUGAGUGUUUAUUUUUAUUUAUUUUGUAAUUUAAGAAUAAUUUUUCAGUCCAUCUAAAAAAAAAAAAAAGUACAAGAGUAUUUAUUACACUAUUGUAAUAUGACUAGCAACAAACUCUAAGCUAUCCAAGUGUAUGCAAACAAGCAAACUAUAUUUUUACUUCUAUUCUAGGUGUGUGCGGGGAGCUCUUUGGUCCGUUUUCUGGGCUGUCCAGGUUUCCGUCUGUUUGUCUAGAAUAUUUUUAGCUGCACACUUUCCACACCAGGUGGUAGCUGGAGUGAUAUCAGGUGAGUCUUCCAAGUAACCUUGAAAGUGAGCAUUAUAUAUAUUAUGUUGAAUAAGGUACCUUGCUUCCUAAAUAACCCAAAUAAAUUGAAUAUGGAAAAUUAGACACAUAAUGAUAAUUAUCCAAAUACAUUUGCAAAUUGGAGCAUUAAAGGAGAACAUUUAAAACUUUAACAUACAGGUUUCUGCAUUAGCCAAAAAAGCAACAUAUCCUCUUACAGCUAAAUAUCCUAAAACUAAAUACUAUAUUCUUUAUCAUUUAACAGGGAUGGUUGUAGCUGAAGCAUUCCAUCACACACAAGCAAUCUACAAGGCAAGCCUGAAAGAUUAUGUCUACACCACUCUAUUCCUUUUUUCCUUUGCGCUGGGGUUUUAUCUUCUACUACGAGCUGUUGGUGUAGACCUUCUCUGGACUCUGGAAAAGGCUAAACGAUGGUGUGAAAAGCCUGAGUGGAUUCAUAUUGACACCACACCUUUCGCAGGCCUCCUUCGAAACUUAGGAAUCUUUUUUGGUUUGGGUCUCGCUCUCAACUCCAAACUUUAUCAAGACAGUUGUCGUGGAAAGCAAGGAGGUCAAUUCAAGUUCCGCUUUUGUUGCAUAAUUGCAUCUUUGUUUAUCCUCCAUCUUUUUGAUUCAUUUAAGCCACCUACCAAAGUAGAAAUUAUUUUCUACGCCCUUUCCUUCUGCAAAAGUGCUGCUGUACCACUAGCUGCAGUUGGCAUUAUUCCUUAUUGUGUGUCUCAGCUGCUCAACCAACAGACGAAAAAGACUCUAUAGUAGGUUUCUUAAUAAUUUAUAGUUUCUAAUAAUCUUUAACUUGACUAGAAAAACAUAGUCCUUAUAUGUACAUGAAGCUUUUCUGUUUAACACAAGAUGUUAUUUAAAUGUGAGCAACAGUUGGGUGACUGGGCAUAUUAUGUUGUCUAGAAGAUUCUGUACGGGGAAGCCAUCAAUGCUGAUAUUCAGGUGGUUGAUGGCAUGGAUUUAGUUUACUAAGAACUCAGAAAGUUGAAGGCCAAUAACUUAAUAAUAUUGUGGAAGAUAAACAUAGAAGACUUACAAAUGAUAGGAAGUCGGAAUGCAAAGACUGGACAUAUUGUGGUGCUUCCAAAGUGUGUUACCAAUCCUAUCAAAAAAAGCUACAUUUGAUAUCCAUGUACCUCAGUAGCCAAACAAAAUAUUACAAUAUGAAGUUAGUUUGCAUAGUCCUUGCAAAUCAAUUGGACAGCAGGAACCAUUUAUUUCAGAACAUUUCAGAAAUAGAACAAGCAGUAGCUCAUUUGUUCAUUCAACAUGUAAUUGUAUUUUAGAGCAAUUUUUAAUGGCGCUGAAAUGGUCAAAACUCCUUUGUGUAAAAAAAAAAAAAAAAAAGUUGUAUAUCAGGGAGGAAUUUUUGGUUACUUUUAGCAUCUAUUCUAAUAUUUAUAUUUAUUCUCAUAAGUGACCAUCAAAUGUUUUUCCAUCACUUAAAUUGUAUAUUUUGUCAUAUUUCACUUUGUUAUUUUCAUUAAAAAUAGUUUUGUUUUUUUUAUAAAAAA